AUGGCGGAGCUAAUGCUCCUCAGCGAGAUUGCGGACCCGACGCGGUUUUUCACCGACAACUUGCUGGGCCCGGAGGACUGGGACUGCACGCUGUACGCCGGCCUGGACCCGGUGGCCGAGGAGCAGGCGCAGCUCUUCCGCUGCCCCGAGCAGGAUGUCCCGUUCGGCAGCGGCAUGCUGGAUGUGGGGAUGGAUGUCAGCCCCCCCGAGCCUCCAUGGGACCCCCUGCCCCUCUUUCCAGAUCUUCAGGUGAAGUCCGAGCCGUCUUCACCCUGCUCGUUGUCCUCCCUCAGCUCCGAAUCGUCGGGUCUUUCCGCAGAGCCCUCCUGCCAGGCCCCUGGUGUAGGGGAGGUGCUGGUUGUGAAGAUCGAGUCCUUGGCACCACCGCUCUGCCUCCUGGGAGAGGAUCCAACAUCCCCGAUUGAAACUGUCCAGAUCAACGUGGGCCCCACCUCCGAUGAUCCCUCAGGGGUCCAGACGAAGACAGAACCGGUCUCUCCUUCCUCCAUCACCCCUGAGGCCUCCUUGCUCUCCACAGAGUCCCCCGACCAGGCUUUCGUAGGAAAGGAGGCCCUAGAAGUGAAGACCGAGCCCCCAGCCCCUCAAGGAUGUCUCCUGCGGGGUGCCCCUGGCCCGCCCCCGGGAGCCGUCCAGAUCAGCAUGGGCCCACCCCCCGAGGCCGCCUCAGGCAAAGCCCUGCCCGCCCGGAAGCCACCGCUGCAGCCGAAGCCUGUGGUGAUAACCACGGUCCCGGUGCCGCCCAGCGCCGUGCCGCCCAGCACCACCGUCCUUCUGCAGCCCCUGGCCCAGCCACCGCCAGUGUCCCCAGUUGUCCUCAUCCAAGGUGCCAUUCGAGUCCAGCCCGAGGGGCCGGCGCCCCCUGCUCCGCGGCCUGAGAGGAAGAGCAUUGUUCCAGCUCCUCUGCCUGGGAACGCCUGCCCCCCUGAAGUGGACGCAAAGCUGCUGAAGCGGCAGCAGCGGAUGAUCAAGAACCGGGAGUCGGCCUGCCAGUCGCGGAGGAAGAAGAAGGAGUACCUGCAGGGGCUGGAGGCGCGGCUGCAGGCCGUGCUGGCCGACAACCAGCAGCUGCGCCGGGAGAACGCGGCCCUCCGGCGGCGGCUGGAGGCCCUGUGGGCUGAGAACAGCGAGCUCAAGUUAGGGUCCGGGAACAGGAAGGUGGUGUGCGUCGUGGUCUUCCUUCUCUUCAUUGCCUUCAACUUCGGGCCUGUCAGCAUCAGCGAGCCCCCUCCGGCCGCCGUCUCUCCUCGGAUGGGCAUGAGCGGAGAGGAGCCUCGGCCCCGGAGGCACCUGCUGGAGUUCUCAGCGCAGCUGCCCGUCCGGGGGGUGCAGUCCCUCCAGGACCCCUCCCCGGGCCCCCAGGAGCCCCAGCCCAGCCUCGAGGGCCGGCCAAGCUUCAGGAACCUGACGGCGCUGCCCAGGGGCUCCGGAGAGCUGCUGCUGCCGGACCUGGACCAGCUCUUCCUCUCCUCGGAUUGCCGGCACUUCAACCGGACCGAGUCCCUCAGGCUGGCUGACGCGCUGAGCGGCUGGGUGCAGCGCCACCAGAGAGGCCGGCGGAAGGCGCCCCGCAGGGCCCAGGAGAGACAGAAGUCUCAGCGGCGGAAGAAGUUGCCUCCAGUUAAGGCAGUUCCCACUCAGCCCCCCGGGCCCCCAGAAAGGGAUUCCGCGGGCCAGCUGCAGCUGUACCGCCGCCCGGACCGUUCGCAGCCCGAGUUCCUGGAUGCGAUUGACCGGCGGGAAGACACGUUUUAUGUUGUCUCCUUCCGGCGGGACCACCUGCUGCUCCCCGCCAUCAGCCACAAUAAGACCUCUCGGCCCAAGAUGUCCCUGGUGAUGCCCGCCAUGGCCCCCAAUGAGACCCUGUCGGGGCGGGGCGCCCCUGGGGACUAUGAGGAGAUGAUGCAGAUCGAGUGUGAGGUCAUGGACACCAGGGUGAUUCACAUCAAGACCUCCACGGUGCCCCCCUCGCUCCGAAAACAGCCUUCCACCCCGGGCAACGCCACAGGGGGCCCCCUGCCAGCCUCCGCCGGCCAGGCCGGCCCGGCCACCCGUCGGCCCCUCUACCUCAAUCACCCCUGA